UCAACUCUAGGACCAUGAUAGAUAAAUACACAAAUUCUAAAAUGGCAACCUCAUCAUCCAUGGAUCUAGAAAUUGACUGCAUUAUCAAGCUUGGUGGCAGUGCUGUUACGUUUAAGGAGAAGUUUGAAACACCGAAUAUGGAAGCUAUUAGACAAGCAGCCAUCUUGAUUGCUAAGAUCAAGAAGAAGUGUAUCAUUGUGCAUGGUGCUGGGUCAUUUGGUCACUUUCAAGCAAAAGAGUAUGGUGUAGCAAAAGGGUGGAAUGGUCAGGCAGACAUUGACCUUGUCCGUAAAGGUUUUGCUAUAACAAGAGUCUCGGUUCUUAAGUUGAACCAGUUGAUUGUUGAAGAACUAGUAAACCACGGUUUACCAGCAGUUAGUUACUCAUGCAUUGGAAGUUGGCAGACAGAUAAUAGAAAGGUUCUGAAAUCGGAUGUAGACUCAAUAUCCAGCCUAAUUGAGGCAGGAUUUAUUCCAGUUAUCAAUGGAGACUGCAUGCUUGAUCGAUCACUGGGAUGUACCAUACUAAGUGGGGAUACAAUAAUUGAGGAACUUGCUGAGAAACUGAAACCAAAAAGAGUUAUCUUUUUGACAGAUGUUGCUGGAAUCUUUGACAAAUCCCCAGAAGAAAAAGGUGCAAUUCUGCUUUCAAGAGUAAUGGUAUCUGCAAGUGGAGAGCUACAGACAUCAAUUGCAACAUCAACUCUAACACAUGAUGUUACUGGUGGGGUUGCAAAGAAGCUCCAAACGGCCCAAGCUAUUGUCACAAAGAGUAUGGGGAGAACACCUGUAAUUGUAUGCAAAUUGGAUUCAAAAGAUGCAGAGCUGGUUUGUUGCUGUGGAAACGAGGACUACAUUGGCACUUUGAUCUGUCUCUCACCAACAUCUUGACAGCAAGCCUUUUUUGCCUGAUGAAGAUUGUGAAUUAUUAAGGUCUUUUGGAGUAAAUGAAAAUUACCCAUGUCAGUGUUGUGAAGUAGCUGUAGAA